ACAAUCGGAAAGGGUAGCUUUCCUAGUGGCACAAACCUUAAUUAGAUGGACCCAAUCCAACAGACUUUUGGUUAAAAGAGUUGAAAAUAAAAUUUAUUUUGAAGCUGGCACACGCGACUAAGUCUCUGAUGACAUUGCAUGCGAUCUUGCAAAUAAAUGAUGGCUAUUAUAUUGUCUAUAUUCUAUACAAUCUAUUAAAAUCAACAGUAAUAUUUGCUUUGGCUCAAUAAACCUUAUGGUUUGUAUCUUGUGCUAAGCCAUCAUUAACCCAAAAAGGGGCAUAUUAUCCUUAUUGAUACCAAUGUUAGAUUUGUCUGAAUCAUUCUUCAGAAAUUUGUCAGUCUCUCAAUACUUCUUGUUGGCCCGUCCUUUGGUGUCACAAUACACAAAUAUGUCCUUUUUCUUGGUUUACCUAAUAUUGGGUCGAAAAUAUGGGUAUAGCUCAUGGUUGAUCUCUUUAUAUGAUUUUGAACAAUUUCUCAUUUGGCCUAAUGUUUAUUCUCUCAACAUGGUUAAAGUUCUAAUUGUUGUCUAUCGACUGACAUUAGGGAUGAACAAUCUCUACUUCUACAUAGCAAUUGCAUUAGAUUUUUUGUAUUUCGAGAUUCAUUUUCUUGAAUGGAUUUUAAUGAGCAUGGAGAAAUCACCGGUGACUAUAAACGGAAGUAUACCUUCAAUGCUAAGAACCUUAAGAAUUGAACCCAUAGAACAUAUUGAUUAAUAAGAUAAAAAGAGCUUGUCUUGCGGCAAAUUCUAAGACAAAAACACUGUCACGAGGUUUCCCAUAAUCAAACCUAUCUCCUAUGUACCUAGUACUACAAGUUAACGAAGUAAUUAGCUGAUUUCCUAGUAUUCUCAGCUGUUAAUUAAUACAACUAAUUUCUCGUAACAAUCGUCCUUGUUUUCUUCUCCCAACAAUGUAGCUGUCAAUUGCCUCCCCUGUUUUUUGAGCCUUAUUUGUGUGCAUAUCUCUUUGCCUUUUCACAAACAACUAUGGGUUCAUCUAGUCUCUUCAUCAAGUACUAUGUUGUUUUGAUUUUCAUGAUGAAAUUAUGUACCGUGUCCAUAGCCGAAGAUGGUUCUACGAUAGGCUAUCAUGGCACAGAAAGGGAUGCUCUUUUGGCGAUUCGAGCUGAAUUCAACAAUCCUAAAUUGCUCCAAAAAAGUUGGAACAGCCUCAUGUGUUACAUGAAUAACACUCCAAAUUGGUAUGGUAUUAGCUGUAUCAACGGUCGAGUCACUGGACUUGUGCUAGAAAAUCUUGGCCUUACUGGGAAACUCAAGGCAAAUGCACUUGUCAAUCUCACUCAAUUACAAACACUUAGCUUCAAGAACAAUUCCAUAUCAGGGAACUUGAUGAACUUCUCCAACAACCAAAAUUUGAAGAACAUUGAUUUAUCUGGUAACAGUUUUGAUGGAGAAAUUUCACCUUCUCUUCUAACACUUAAUUUGUUAGAGUCAUUGCAGGUACAGAACAACAAAUUGAACGGUUCAAUCCCCGGUUUUAAUCAGUCAACUAUGAAAGUUUUCAAUGUCUCAAACAACAAUCUUUCUGGUGAAAUUCCAAGCACAAUAGCUCUUCAAAAAUUUGGUCCGUCCUCGUACUUAGGUAACCAUGAUUUAUGUGGUCCUCCUUUUACGAACACAACGUGCACCACGAUCAAGGAUAAUGAGUCAUCUACACCAACUCCAAGUGAUAGUUCACAUAAUGGAUCUUCAAAUAGUUCAAAAUUAACCAUGUUGACACCAAUCUUGGUAGUAAUUAACGUUGUGGGCAUUGUUGUACUUUUAUAUCUAGUCAUUUACUACUUCAAAAAAACAAAAAAGCUUAAGAAAAUGCUGAUGAAUAAGAAUACAAGAUUAAUGGAGGUUGAUAAAAUGGAGAUUAGCAAAACUGAGAUCACAACAACGCCAACAGAAACCAGGAGCGUCGAAUCAAGAAGUUUGGCAUCAGAGGUCGAAUUAGAGAAAGGAAAAUUGAUAUUCUUAGGUAGUGAAAUAAAUUUUGAAUUAGAUGACUUACUGAGAGCUUCAGCAGAAGGUUUGGGAAAAGGAAAUUUUGGAAAUUGUUACAAGGCAAUGUUGGUAGAUGGACCAACUGUUGUGGUGAAACGUUUGAGGGAUUUGAAACCUUUAACAAAUGAUGAAUUUGUGAGACAAGUAAGAGCUAUUGCUGAUAUAAAGCAUCCAAAUUUGUUGCCUAUUCUUGGUUAUUAUUAUACAAGGGAUGAGAAGUUGCUUCUCUUAAAAUCUGCACCUAACGGAAGCUUAUACAACCGCAUUCACGGAGGAAAAGGGACGAGAGGUAGGAUUCCAUUUCGAUGGAGCUCAAGAUUAUCCGUUGCUCGUGGUAUUGCUCGAGCAUUAGAGCAUCUGCACCUGAACGUCAGUUCCUCCCAAUUCGUUGUUCCCCAUGGCAACCUAAAAUCCACCAAUGUUUUACUCGACGAAAAUGAUGAUGUUCGUGUUGCUGACUUUGGUCUCACUUCCCUUAUUGCACUUCCCAUCGCUACUCAACGAAUGGUUUCCUAUCGAUCACCCGAAUAUCUGGCUUCCAAGAAAGUGUCCAAGAAAUCUGAUAUUUGGAGCUUUGGUUGCCUUCUCCUGGAAUUGUUAACAGGUAGAAUUUCUUCACAUUCUGCUCCAGCGGGGGUGACCGGUGCGGAUCUGUGCAGUUGGGUUCAUAGGGCGGUCCGAGAAGAAUGGACGGCUGAGAUUUUUGACACGGAAAUAGCUGUUCAGAGAAGUGCCAACUCAGGAAUGUUGAAAUUGUUGCAGACUGCUAUAAGCUGUUGUGAUAAGUCGCCGGAAAAACGGCCGGAAGUUAGUGAACUGUUGAGGGAAGUGGAAAGUAUUAAUGGGGUGAUACCCGAAUCCGAAGACGAAGAUGAUCUCUCCUUCUCACUGGAUCAAUCUAUGACAGAUGACUCCCUAGCAACUGCAACUCCCUCUCGAUAAUUAUUUUGAAUAAUUAGUAACUAAUUUGGCAUAUUGUACUAUGUUAUUAAUUUGAACAAUUAGUAUCUAUGCUUACUCCUUUUCUCUCAA